AUGUCCACCGCUGUGUGGCCGCCCAUAGACGCGGCCCGGCUCGCCAGCGAGCAAGCCGCGUCGCAGGCCCGUGAGCUCGCAUGGCUGCUGGUGCAGCUGCGUGAGACGCUGCAGUCGCUGAAGGCCGGCCUCGAGGAAUGCGCCGCCCUGCUCGCGCCCACGGAGAACGGCUCGACGCUUGUGCUGUCGUCGGUGCGCUCCGAGAGCCUGAAGGGGCUCGUCACCCGCGUCGGGGCCCGCAUAGUCAAGGGCAAUGUCAAGCUCCGCCUGUCGAGCCUCCCCCCUCCGCGCGGAUCGUCCGGCUACGACCUCACCAUUUCCUCCGCGCCGCAAGCACCCACGCUCGUCAUCCCACAGCUGACCUCGGUGAGGACGUCGAUCAACACUUGCUUGGAUGUCAUCGACGUGACAACCUGGACCGGCGAUGCAAAGGACGCCAACUUCGUCGCAGGCCAGCUGCGGCUGCUGCACGACCACAUUCAGGAGGCUCGACAGGCGCUCAGAGGAUACUCAGACGUCCAGCCUCCAUGGUGGGAGAAUCCCGUAGACGAGAAGAUCUUCGACCCUCCGUUGGCCCCCAACGUGUCGUUCCACCUGUUCAUCUUCGACGCCGCCCUCCUCCUGGAGAUCCGGACACUCGAGAUCCAGAACGGCGGCGGCGACGACUCGUACGCCGGCUUCAGCUUUCGCGACAGGCUGGCUGUAGCACUGGGCGGCGCGAGGCCCCCCGUUCACGACGAGGCCGAUCGCACAUUCACGUACAGAGGGCAGGAGGUGCGUGUCAAGGAGAAGAUCCGCGUUGAGAGCCAGGAUCCCGCCCUCAUCUCGGCCAUGGCCAAACUCAAUGCUCUCGAGCACAGUGUCAUUCUGAGCCGGAAGGCUCUCAACAUUGUUCUGGGCCGCGAGGAGCAAAUGGACUGA